AUUUCGCCAUCAACACCACGAUAGCAUUGGAAAAAAUUGUUUAAGGUGUGUUUUGGUUUCAGACUUUCACAUAUCAUCAAGUUGGAGCAAAAUUUGCAGUGUGAGAGAGUUGGAUUCAUGCGCUGGGAACUACUACCAAAUCAUGAGUGUGCCUAAUUCCUCCUGUUUUGAAUUGACAAAUCUUUUUGCGAAAAUCUUGAACCAAAGGCAGAAUAUCCAUGAAAAGGAGGAGCAAGGAGACGAUGAGAAGGGCAAGCUUGUAUCAUUAGGACAAAUGAAUAGUUUAAGUGUGAAAGAGGAUAGUAGAACAUCAAAGAACAUUAGUUCUGAAGGUGAAAGAAGAACACCAGAAAUCAUGGGAAGAUGUGCAUCCUGGUGGGCAACCUUCACAUUUUUUGUGUGUUUGUGUUCAUUAAAAUUCAGCAAGCCACUUCUCCAACCACAAGGACCCAAUUCACUAUGGCUUGCCAUAUUAGGAAUGUUCAGUUUUACUGUGUUUGUAUCUGCUGCUUCUGUUAUGGUUGUUGUUGAAGCACAGUUCACUCGUAUGCAGAUAACUGUUAUGCUCAGUGCCUUCUUGGCUCUGCUGUUAGCUUAAUUAGACAGUUUUCAUAUGUGUACUUAUGUUUCCUUUAGCCAUGGCGGAAAAAGUUGUUGUAAUCUUUUUAUUUACAUAAUUUCAUUCGCAUAACAAUAAAACGAUGUUUGGGUAUGUGCUAUCGACGAUUCAAUAGACAGAACAUAUUCAUGGAGGAACA